UAAGAAAUAUGAUCUUUUACAGUAUCCAUCGGGCUUGCAUAUUCCUGUUGUGCAGUUUCUCCUACUUGAUCUAUAGUUUUUUGUUUUUAAUUAAAAAAAUAUUUACUCAGAUUUCUUUCUCAUUGUCUGUGAGUAAGACUUGUAUUAAUACGCAGUCCUUAUCCCUUUCCCACACUUAAUCCUUUCACGGACCACCUGUGCUCGCAGCUGUCAUCCAGCUUGCAGGUCCCAGAGUGCCAUCUCCUUCUCAGAGGUCCAGGUGUGCCACCUCCAUCAGCCAUGCUUUUUCUUUGGGCAACCCAGUGGGAUGCACGCUGGAUCCCUAGACAUACGUCUUCUCUGCCACAUCUUCACCUUCCAUCCCUCCCAGCAUGCUUUAUAUAGGGAGGCUACUUCAUCUGGUGCCACUCUUGAUUCUGUGGAUGUAGUAAUUGCCAGUGAUCUGGGAUAUCAUAGGAGGUCAUGAUUUAAAUGAACCAAACAGCAGAUAUAGAUGGCUUUUAAGUACAAAAGUAUUAUUUUCCUAGAAAUAUCUAGAGAGCAAAGAAGCGCAGGAAAGAAAGAGAAAAUCUUUGCAUGCUUGCCAUUAGAUGUCGACUGACUUUUGUAUCCUUUCACGUGUUUUGUUUGCUACCCAUCACACUUGGAUUUGAAGAGCUGAUCUGAAGGACAAGGGUUUAGCAAACCUGGACUGGCAUCUGUCCAGUCAGUCCUCUCUACGUUCUGUUUACUUAAGCCCAAAAGCCAUGGUGUGCCCCAGUGCACUCACAAUCUUCCGCUCUUCUGAUCUCUAGAUCAAACAGAAACUGGGCUCCGUUUGGCCUGGUGUCCUGUUUUUUUUCGAAAGUUUUGUCUCUGAAUUUAAAGUAGUUCAAGUGACAUUUCUACAAUUUUGAACUUGGACAAACUGAAUUUGUGGUUGAACUACUGCUUUAGGAUUCACAGGCUAAGCUCAUGAGUGAUGCAACCUGCAGUUACCAAAUGCACCUUUUAGUCGUCAGAUGCUGUUUUGCUGCUUGCUUCAUCGUAUAUGCACAGUGUGCUUUGCAGAUGCACAGACCCCUACGGGGCCUGUUACAGACUUAGUUAUAUUAAACAGUAUUCCAUGGACAAAAGCAAAGAAUUGAGAAAGUUUUUCAGAGUAAGAUUGCUGUUUGGUUAUUUUUAUUGUUGUGCUUUGAUCAAUUUUUGGUAUUUUAAGUUGGUUAAAUCCUUUUGGUGCAUCAGGGCCAAACAGUGUAUGGAGGAAGAACUAGAAGAGGAUUCUGGUACAGAGUAAGGAAUGACCUUCUAGGAGGAUAUUUUCAGUGCCUGUCAUGUUAUAUCAUUUUGGUCUUUGUUCUGUCUCAGUCAUCUUUAUUCCACUGCAUUAAUGAUACUCCUGUGGAUUUUUGUGUCAUCCUUCUUCAUACACUUGAUGAUUUAUUUAUUUUUUCACAUUUACCAUAAGCUAAGGGUUUUAAAGCAGGUGUUUAUGAAGAUACAGAUUUUAGCUCUUUGAGUCUCUAAGUUUUGAGUAUUAAAUAUAUGGAAUUUAAUUUGGACAAAAGGAGAUCCUGUUUUCCUCAUUGGUUUUAGGGACAGAAGAGCUCAUUUAUUUGUUUUCUCUACAUGUUUUUGCGUAUGUUAUAUGGCAAGAUAUAAUAGCCAGACCUCUUCUAUGUCCAUUCCAGAAAAUGAUGCCAGUGUUUUUUUGAGAAUGUAUUGAUUUCCUUAGUUUAAGGGAGGUUUCCUUGACAUUGAUUUUAAUUCCCAGUAAAUGUGUAUAGGUCUGAAGUUGGUAGGUUUUCAAGCAUUAAAAUACUGAGCAAAAUAGGCUGGUGAUAUUAAAGAUUCUGGCAGUGAGGAUGUGUGAAAACUCCAAGUGUCUUUAGUGUGUAGUUUGUGGGCUGGCAGCACUUCCAUCUGCCUGGAACUAACAUGAAUUUUAAUUUUAAAUGUACAGUGAACUGUUUUGCUGAUGAGUGUAAAUGAAGUCAUAGUGUGAAAUGCUAAGAGUCAGCAGUGCUGAAAGCAGUGUAUGUUAAAGCACAGUAUCUGUGACUGCUAAGCUGCCCUUCUGGGACGCUGUGCAAAAUGAUGUAACUCAGUGAAAAAACUCUGCAAAAAUAAAUUUCCUCUUCUCGCUAGCUGUAAUUUAGUGUCAUUGAUGCAAUACCUUCUUGAGGCUUGACUGGGAUGCUUUCUUGACACUGUAGUGGCAUUGAAUUGUAUGAAAAGAGCUGUUGAUAGUAACAGCUGGAGAUACAGAGAUUUUGUUUUGCUGCUCUGCACCUGUGCCGCAGCACUGCUGCAAAGAGGGGACACGAAGGAAGCCUGUGCUAGCACUCGUGGGGAUUCCAGUAGGAAAAUUUUCUGGACCUUGUGUCUGGGCAGCUCCUGAGGAUGGCAAGCAAAGGACCCACGACUUCCACAUCAACGGAGAACUCCAGCACUGGAGGGACCAGUGGCAGCAGCAGCAACGGUGCCGGGGACAGUACUAAUCAGGACAGCACUUUCGAAUGUAACAUCUGUUUAGACACUGCCAAGGAUGCAGUUAUCAGCCUGUGUGGACAUCUCUUCUGUUGGCCUUGUUUACACCAGUGGCUAGAGACCAGGCCAAACAGGCAAGUGUGUCCUGUAUGCAAAGCAGGAAUCAGUCGAGAUAAAGUUAUUCCUCUGUAUGGAAGAGGCAGCACUGGGCAACAGGACCCCAGAGAGAAAACUCCACCACGACCCCAAGGUCAGAGACCUGAACCAGAGAACAGAGGGGGAUUCCAGGGCUUUGGGUUUGGUGAUGGUGGGUUCCAAAUGUCGUUUGGAAUCGGGGCGUUUCCCUUUGGUAUAUUUGCCACAGCAUUCAACAUAAACGAUGGGCGACCUCCUCCAGCUGUUCCAGGGACUCCUCAAUAUGUGGAUGAGCAGUUCCUAUCCCGCCUCUUCCUGUUUGUGGCUCUGGUGAUAAUGUUCUGGCUGUUGAUUGCAUAAAUCUUUUCCAUUAUCCUGUAUAUUCAUGGCCAGCAAGGCCUCUGAAACAGUUACAAACUGCAUCCCCUUCCCAUUUUAAACUUCUUGGUGUCUGGUUCCAUAGCUAAUCACAGGUUCCAGAAAUUGGUGGUACCACAGCACAAUGAGGAAUCUCGCACUUUGCACCAGAGUUGGAAAUUAAACAUUGGUUUGAAAGCGUAUUUCAGCUCAGCUAUCUUGUACAACAGGUUCCUGCCACAAACCAUGGGCCUAGCUUUGAGCUCCACUUCUAAAAGGAGUGCUGCUUUGAAAUCCUGUGCCAAUCAGUUACAGCAGGUUUACGUGAAAGACAGUUGCCCCAAGGUAGGCUGGGCAGGUAAGCAAAGUUCUGCAGUGCGAUCAGUAUCUCACAUUUGGCAACCACGAUGGAUCAGCUGGAGUUGUGGAUGUUGUUUAAUGUCUUCACAUCAACAUCCAGCCUUCUUCAGGAAGUCAUCUGCAGCACUGCUGAGACUCCUCGGGCAUGAGUUGUGAUGCAAAUGGAACCAGCUUUGGAGAUUGGUUUCUUUUCUUGCUGUUAUUUGAUGGAGUGAUGGAAAACUUCCUGCUGAAGUGGUUCCAGUGGCUGUUAUAAGAAAGGAUACAAAUUUAUGCUGCAUUUUCUUAAAACCUGCAUUUGUUGGAGCCAGACACUGGAAGAUGCUCUCGUCGUGGAGCUGGGUGGGGUUGCCGAACAGUACGACACACCUGUCUGCCUCACCCAGCUCGGUUCCCCACUGACAAAACAGUGUUGUCUUCCCUGUUUCUACACGGCAGUCUGGCUGCACUCACGGAUAAUCCCCUCACAACCUUGUCACUGUAGCUACUUUUCUUAUUCCCAAGGUUGUGAGACAUUAAGCAAGAUCAUGUACUCCAAAUAAAAUCCUACUGACAGAUCUGAGAUGAGCUUUUUGGGGGAGAGGAACGAGGGACAUUUUACAGAGAGUUUUGAUGUUUUAAACUUGUCAUACUGUAAAAUUAUACGGGAGGGGAGAUGAAAUCCUACCUUUGCUAGCCACAGUAGGGAGCAUUUGGAAGAGUUUCUCUCUACAGGUGUGUAGAGCUGCUCUAUGCCACAGCAGAAUGGCUAUAGUGCAAGAGUCAUUGCAAUAUCUACCAAAGAUAUUCAUUGGAAAUACUGGAGGAAACUGCAACCAUGUCUGUGCUGAGGGAAAAAUGUUUCAGAAGGUGAGCACACGAGACUGUAGCCUUUUUGGAAUCCUGUUGGGUAUAUAGCUUUAAAAAGUAUUCCUGAUGUAUUUGUGUAGAUUCCUUCAGAACAGCAGAUAAGAGGGGUUCCCUAGCAAGAUGAACAGUUUUGAUUUUUCGUCUGACUAGGCAAUUCCAAAAGUCUUUUUUUUCUUUUAUUGUUUUUAGAUCAUUUUGAUUCAGAUCACUGACAGUCAUAAUGAUUUCCUGCAGGAUGAAUAUUGUGACUUCCUUGGCAGUAGACUGACAGCUGACAAAACAAAUCAACUCAUAGAAGCUUUGUUUCCAUAGUUAGGCUUUUUCUCCUGUUUAUGGAUGAGGUUCCCGGGCAGGGCACCUUGAUUAAUUGUUGUAGAAGCUAACUUCUGUAAUUAAAAACUGUUCACUUCUAGUAUCGUCCUGUCAGAGGAUGACUGAGGUUUAACUUGCCCGCCUCCAAAAGUGCAUCUGGCAAGUAGAAUUUUGCAAACCUUCUGCAGUGUUUUGCCACAUCCAGUCAAAUUAUACGUGACUUGAUGAUGAUAAUCUGGCAGAAUAUAUCACUCAACUAUCAAUAGCUGAAGCCAUGCUUCAACUUUUGUUGUGUGGCACUUUUGAGAAGCUUAACUUUUGACGUCUGCUUCUUCUCAAGUGCCUAACUCGGGAAGCAGGACCCUUUCUAGGAGAAAGGCUAUUUAUUGCGUUCUUACAAGCAACCGGCCGUAGUUUGCAAAAAACGCCGCAGCUUUGGCUUUGGCGAUGAGGCAGCACCACCUGCUGAUGGCGAGGGAAAGCUCUGCGCCGGUACCAGGGAUGGUUCUGCCUCGGUGCCGACGAAGCCGGGCUCACCCCGGCGGGAGCAGGGUACCCCUUUAAAGCCUUUUUCCUAUAAAGGGGACGGAAAAGCAACUGUCGCAGGCUCCGAAGAGGUAUUCAGCGAGAUUCAACUAACACUUAUGUUUUAAAAUACAGAAUUUUAAUGCUUUGGGGGGUUUGCCAUCUACUGACGCAACGGCUUUAGACUGAGGUGGCCGCAGAAACGUGACCGAGAGCCCUUCUCCCCCCGGCAGCCCAAGAGCGCAGCAGUCUGAAAGUGUUAACGCUCCGGUUCGUACCCUCUUCUCGGUGUGCUUUUUGUAUUAUACCCCCCCGCCCCCGUACUCCGGCCGCGCGCGGCCCGUUCAGUGCGUCACCGUUCCUGUUCACUAAUUUUCACUGUUGUGAAAGUGAUUUAGAAUAAAAAAAUGGUUUUACAUUGA